AUGCAUCACCAACUUCUCCAUCCAGCGACUCCUCGUUACAUUCACGGAGCCUCCAAAAACCCCCCCAAUACCGCCACCAUGCCUCAGGAUAUGCCCCCAACGGGGGGCUAUGCCCAAGUCCAAUACAAGCGGAACCUCCCUGCCCGUGGCUUCAAACCCUUUUACUACAUGGUCGGCAUGCACAUGAUCAUGGCCUACGGUUUCUACAAGUACUUCCACGGUGUUCGCGAGCAACGUGAGCUUGCCCGUGAGAAGAUGUGGGGUCGCCUUUACCUCACCCCUCUCCUCCAGGCCGAGGAGGACCGUGACCAGGUCCGCCGCUACUACGCCGACAAGGCUCGCGAGAAGGAGCUCCUGGGCAGCGAGCAGAAGGUCUACAACUCUGACCGCUUCGUCCGCCCUACCUUCGCCUACACUCCCUCCAAGGUUACCCAAUAGACGGUGUCGUCUACGCAUUCAUCGAUCCCGUGCCGCCAAUUGGUACCGCUCCACGGCUGGGCACGGUACUGCUUUUUUCCAUGGGAACCCUCCUAGGGAAGAGGGGUGGAGUUUCGAUUCGUUAGAUGAGGUGGAGAGCGAGUGGAAAGAUCGCGGAGGCAAGGAUAGUUUGUCUCUCGGAGCCAGGGGCUCAAGGAAAACAUUGUAGAUAUACUGUUACUACGAAGGGUUUAGUUUUGCUUUACAACAAGUCAUUUUCUUCUGUUCGCCAUUUG